GUUGCAGCGCAGCAAUCUACGAGAGGCGAAUGCACGGAAGCGUGCAAGGCCCGAAGAAGAGAACUCGAAUCGGAAAUUUCCGAUCUCCGAAACGCCACCCAUUGGCAGGACGAGCGGUUUCAAGCCCUCGAAAGGGAUAACGCAGCCCUGGCCGAGCAAAUGCGAGACAUGGAUAUGCUGAUAUCCGCUUUGUCGGCGAUGCAAGAGAAGAACGCGCAUCUAGAAAACUCGCUGUCGGCGGAGAACCGCGUCAAAUUGGAUCUCUUCAGCGCGCUCGGUGAGGCCAAGCGGCAGCUGGAGCUCAGAGAAAACGCCAACAGAAACCAAGAGAAAGAAAUCGAAGAGCUGAAGAGUAAAAUAGCGCAGGUCCUUGCUGUGAUGCCGAACGACUCGUUUGGCAGCCCCCCGCCCUCCAAUAACAUUUCCAGAGUUCGUCUGGCCGAAAGUCCCCCGUCUAACCUCGACCCGAACGCGACGGCCUACACCCCCAAAGGCGCCCUCGUGGCUUCCACGGAAGCCUGAUUUUGUUUCCUCCCCCGCCCCUCGUACUGAGCCUCAGUUUCACCUGCUGACGCUGUUUAUUGUUACGUUUGUACCUGUGUUAUUCUCCUGUUUUGGGAAUCGAAUGCUGAUCUGAUUUUUUUAACCGGGGCGAAGCGUGAAAAGUUGGUGAAUAAAUUUUUGAAACGGAUUAUGGUUUUUACUCGACAUAAGGUUUACUAGAACCUGGAAAUUGAGUCUUGUUAGGUACUAUCUCAUACGUAUCUCAAAGAAUACCGGUGAAAUAUUGAAAUUCAAAAGUCAAAAUAGGUUUUUCAAAAACAGAAAUCAAAAAUGCACGUAAUGAUCUGAAGAUGAGAUAAUUUUCCCUCAGAAGCACCAAUUGAUUUGUUUUUCUGGUCGACAUGAACUUACCCAAGGUGUCAUAAUGAGAAUAAUAAUAAUUUUAAUUAUAAAGAAACAUUUUCACCUAUUCCAUUUCUAUUUAUAAUACUAUUGCAUCUUUGACAAAUGUUAUGGUAAGUAUACUUUGUUUCAAAAUGUAGAAAAAUUACAAGACACUCUUCAAAUUUUGAUCUCUGGUAAAAAAUUAAUUUUCAGGAAAUAUCAAUAGUAGCCUCAGAUUCAAAAUUUGACUGAACAGUCCGUUCGUGAUAUCCCAAAAAGGUUUCUUUCAAACAUUAUUGUUUCGUGUUGGUUAAAAUGUGAAUGUCAUGAAAGCCCUUGACCACCCUACAGAGUAUUUUUUUAAAUCGACAAUUCAAACUCUCAAAUAGUCGUAAUCCGUUGAUUGUACCUAUGCAACAGUUUAAAUAAAGGAAGCUGGUUUGUUGUCAAUUAUAAUUGAUGAAUAGUUUAAAAUGGUGAACAUGACAAUUGACAGUUCGAAGUGUCGAUGAAAUGUUUAAAUAACGGAAACUGGUUUGUUGUCAAUUAUAAUUGAUGGAUAGUUUAAAAUGGUGAACAUAGACAAUUGACAGUUUGAAAUGUCGAUCAUAGAAAAUUACCAGUUUGAAUUGUCAAAUUAUAGCUAAUUGAUAGUUUGAACUGACGAUUGUCAGAAAUAUUCAGUAGUAUUUCAAUGCCUUCAUAGGAUAAGGUUCGAACAAAUAAAAUGGAAUAUUGCUUUUCAAAAUAAUUGGACUCAUGCUUGUAAAUAGUAUCUUGGUGCAUAAUGAGGGAAUAUAGGUAUGAUACGGUCUUUUACUUAGAUUGGAGAAAGAUUCAAAAUUUUCCAUACAUUAAUGUACAAUGACUUUAUUAUUCAAAAUUAUUCAGAAUCCUUGUUCACCAAUAAAGUGAUUUGGAAGUUGUUCAGUAACAAUAUAUUUUUAAAUGGAAAAGGUUCAGGAAAUCCACAAAAAAAGUUGUAUUUACAGAAACGUCAGUUGACAGAUAAUCUUUGAUAAAACAUUUUAGUUUACAUGUGUUUAAUGACUUGCACGAUGAUUAAUUCAUGUGUAUGGUGUAUCUACAUAGAUUAAUUAAGUAGUAUGAUGUUGCAAUGUAUUUGAGAUGUGAUUUAAAAAUUUGUUUCUGAAAUUGAUAAAUAUUGUUCAAAAAUAUUCUAACGCAAACUUUGAAGGAGUUAAAACCAUCGUUAGGAAGACUAAAUAAAUAAUUUAUACGUACAAAGAUUUUAGACAAUUCGUUUUGGGUGAAAAUAAGUUUAGUGUAAAGAAAAUCUUUUUUUCUUCAUAUACCAGUUUCUUUUCCCCAUUCUAACAAAAAUCAAUCAGGAAUCUAAUGAAAUUUCUUUUCAAGUGAAAUGAAUAUAAAUUAGUUGAUGUUGAUGUGGUUAAAAAAAAUGUAAACAAUAUUUGUUGAACAAGAAUGUAUUUUUGAAUAUACGAAUUAUUUCAACGAACAAAAUAACAGUCUUAAAUAUGGCUUUUGUCAUUAAAAUAUCACUUUGAACAAAUUGAAUAAGAAUGUUGAUCUAUGAAUGGCAAAAUUUUUUUUUUCAAAAUUACUUGAUUCGUUUUCCCUAUAAAUUUUUAUAAAUGAAUCACAAGAUUCAUGAUUCAACCAAAACUGUUUUAUUCUUUUUUUUUUAACAAAUGUAUUUUGUAUCAAAAAUUGAUGUCUAUCCAUUGGACAACCUGUUGAAAAUUUCCGUACAAGGCAGUUAUAAGUAAAAUGAGAUCCAUCUGUUUAACUAUAUGAGCCACAUCUAGUGGUGAAAAAAUGAAGCUCCCCUUUGUAACAGCAGCCACAAAAUAAAACCUGGUGUAACUGAGGCCGCAGGAGAAUAACACUGGUUGAUAAUUAUUUUGCGUAAUUUCCGUAAUAAUCUCGUUUGUUAGCUUAAAAUAAUGUGAUAUGAUUAUUUAUAUGAUUAGAAAACCUGAACCUCGGGGAGCGUAAUAAUCCCUUAUUUUUUUGUAUAAUUGAGCACAAGGGUACUGAUUUUUCUGAAAAGAACUUGCUAUUGGCUGACUCGAAUUGAUCUCUGUUGAAUAAAACUUAAAUCUUGUUUAACAAGUUGAAUGAAACCUUGUAUUUAUUUGGGGUUGUUUGUUCGAUAAAAAAUUCAAAGGCCACGAUAUUGAUCCAUUUUAUUUCUUGUUUUACUUGAGUUGACUGGUUUUAAUGUGAAAAUAUAUACGGUAGGAAGUACAA